AAGAAAAUGUUCGUUUUAAGAUAAAGCUUUUGUCGACUAUAUUCAUGAUUUUGCGCAAGAAAAUGUUUUAUAAAUACGAAAAAAGUUAUUUAAAAUCCCUAAAAUAAUACAUUUUAAAACGAUUGUGGUUGAUCUUUCUAACCUUCGUGAACAACUUAAUAAAUGAAUUAAGAAGUGAUAAUUUUAAAAAUACUUUGAAGUAGUGACACAUAUGUAUAUGUACAUAUGUACUUAUAAAAUCGGAUCACGUGAAUUCCACAGUGAUAUUCAUUCGAAGUUCGUAUUGAACUCCUCUAUAAUUAAAUCAGAAUAUAAAAAUAGGCUAAGAAACCACACGCUUGCCUACUUAACGUAAAUAAACGAAUUCAUAAAUAAAGUAUAUCCGCGCGAUGCAGUAAGCUAUAUAAUUAAAUACAUAUACAUGGUUAUUCGUACGCGCAUGCCCUGGCAAAAAAGUGAAAACAGAGCACACAUAUAUGCAAACAAAGUUCCACAAUAACCAAGUCUAAAGCAACCCGUAUUGCAGCCAACAUGCAUUUACAGGAUUACCUCAGAAACGACGAAAAUGCAUCUGCGCCAGACGACGGUAAUCACACAUGUCAGCCUCCUUCCAACCAGGAGCAGUACAUAAGUCUUAGCCGAGGUUGCCAGAAGAACCUGUUAAGGCUUCAUCCCCCGCCGCCAUCAAAACCGCCGCCGCUCGCGGGUGCCAUCCUGCAAUCCCGUCUAUUACAGCACAUUAGCCCGGGCGCAAAUGCAGUAGACGCAGAUGCACUAGAGGAGUACCGAUACCCAAAUGUCCUGCAGCGGUCGGCCACUUUGCCAGCAAAGCACAACCGCCUAGGGGUUCGCAGCCGCGUGACCUUCAAAGUGCCAUCGUCCACAACCCCUGCACCUGAUCCCGAUCCAGAUCCUGAUUCACCGCGAAAUCAGGUCGCUGCCGCCGAAAAGGCUAGAAUCGUGGUAGGUCCCAAGGAGAAGGAAUCUUGCAAAAUGACUUCCGAAGAUUUGCUGCAGCCGGGCCAUGUUGUAAAGGAACGUUGGAAGGUGGUGCGUAAAAUCGGUGGAGGCGGUUUUGGAGAAAUUUACGAGGGACAAGACCUUAUAACACGAGAGCAGGUCGCACUUAAAGUUGAGUCCGCGCGGCAGCCCAAGCAGGUCCUUAAAAUGGAAGUCGCCGUUCUAAAGAAAUUACAGGGAAAGGAGCACGUAUGUCGAUUCAUCGGAUGUGGACGAAAUGAUCGAUUUAACUAUGUGGUGAUGCAGCUUCAAGGGAAGAAUUUAGCUGAGCUCCGCCGGGCUCAGCCGCGAGGCGCAUUUUCGCUUAGUACAACACUUAGGUUAGGGUUACAAAUUCUAAAGGCCAUUGAAUCUAUACAUUCUGUGGGAUUUCUUCAUCGUGAUAUUAAACCGAGCAACUUCUCCGUGGGUCGUUUGCCUUAUAAUUGUCGACGCGUCUAUAUGCUAGACUUUGGAUUGGCGCGUCAGUACACCACUGGUACCGGAGAGGUUCGGUGUCCAAGAGCAGCAGCUGGGUUUCGGGGCACGGUUCGUUAUGCUUCUAUUAAUGCACAUCGCAACAGGGAAAUGGGACGUCACGACGAUCUGUGGUCUUUGUUCUAUAUGCUCGUAGAAUUCGUAAAUGGGCAACUGCCAUGGCGAAAAAUAAAAGACAAGGAACAAGUUGGGUUGACAAAGGAAAAGUAUGACCACAGAAUACUGUUAAAACAUUUGCCGUCAGACUUAAAGCAAUUUCUAGAGCAUAUUCAAUCUCUUACCUAUGCAGACAGACCGGACUACGCGAUGCUCAUCGGUUUAUUUGAGCGAUGUAUGAAAAGACGCGGCGUCAAGGAGUCUGACCCUUAUGACUGGGAAAAAGUGGAUUCCGCGGCUAUUGGCAACAUAAGUACAACAGCAGGCAAUCCAUCAGUUCCUGUUAAAAACGAUUACAUGCACGGAAAUAUAACACAAAUGACUGUGGCAGCAUCUAACGCCAGCGGAACGGAAUACGUGCGAAAGAGAGCUGAUAUCGAAACCGCUCAUAUUACAGCGACCGAGCCCUUGCAUAUAAAGGAAAAAGUUGAUAGAAACUGCAACGCAACCUCACUAGCACCUCAACCAAAAGGAUCUGGCGAUGCCAACGUACAACAUGGUUAUGCAGCAAAUAAUCAAAACAUCACACCAAAAGGAAUGCUGCAACAGCAGUCUACGUUAGCCACAAACUCCCAAGCGGCAAUACCAAAUGUCCAAAGUGCUUCAAUGAAGUCUCCAAUGGUGGGAAUAGGAGGCCACGAUGUGCAGGUAAUGGUUCCACAGUCAGCAAUUAAUUCAAAGACCUCGCAACCCCAAAACGGGGCUGGAUCGUUUUCAACAACGAACCAAAACAAUUCUGCGCCGGUGUACGGAAAUUCUUAUCCACAGUUGGAAGAUAAAGCACCAACAAAGUUUUUACCAACGAAACCAAAUGCCGAUUGCGAAAGUACAGUUGACGUCGCUGCUAAGAGUUUAUUUGAACCGAAAAACACAAAUGCCACUGAGAGUGCUAGUAAACCUUCCCUGUGCGGGGUCGAACCGCAGCAAAAGUCGCAAGUGAAAAAAAUGAAUUCACCGGAGUCCGCCAAUAAUGCAUUGCAAAAACCAGAAGCAGAAACAAACGAUAAGGGUUCUGAGGCCAAGCGGGCAUCUGAGGAACAGAAAUCAACUUUUGGGCGCCUCCGUGUCCUCACAGCUCCUCCAAUGAGUGUACAUGACCUAACAGGGGGUGGGGGCCAUAGCCCGCAAGGGCCUGAUUUAUCAGUGAAGCAAGAACAAUAUGCUACUAGCACCAAUGCUGGCCUCGCCGCCGGGAACAGCUCGUCCUCAAAAUUCUCCAUCAACCAGCACGGUCAAAUCUUUGGGAUGGCUGUCAUGCCGCCAGUAAAUCGCCGUUCGGCAACAUCAACCAACUUACGGCCAUCUUCCUCUGGAGCAAACACAAGUUCAGUUCAAAGAAUCAAUAGUGGGUCGACGGGCGGUGGAGGUGUUGGAACUGGAAGCAACACCGCCAGAAGCAGCGUGGCAGGUGACCAUUCGGUCACCCAAUUUGCUUUGAUAGACGACGAGAAUGUCUCUGCAUUGCAACAGGUUACCAAAGGCGGAGCCCUCACGCUGGCGUCCCAAUGGAAGAGCCAGUUUGAUGACUCAGAGGACACCACUGAUAACGAAUGGAACAGAGAACCACAGUCGCAACCCAAUUUGGAGCAAUUGGUUAAACUGGAUAUUUCAUUGCCCUUAAAUGAAGCAAAUCAGUUUUCCCCAAAUGUCGUCGCUGAUACAGGCAAAUCAACUAAUUUUCCAAUCGAAGGAAAGGACAGACCAAAAAGGUAUACACUAAACAUAACUGGAAUCGAAAAUUAUGAAGCAUUGAGAAUCUCUAUACCGCACUGCUGGUCUGAACCUGCAAUGGGUAAUGUAUUACGUAAAGACUUGGAACCACCGGCUGUGCAACAAGCCGCUUUUGAUGACACAGUAUAUCGCAUGGAUAUAGCAAGGAAUGUUUGUGUGCGAGAAACCUAUUCAGAAAUCACUCCUUUGGCGAAUCCUAAGCCUACCGCUUCCUUGGUUUCAAGGUGUGUCCCUGCCCCUUUUAAAGAGGACACAGCGUUCCAGUUCAAUACUUCGAACGAUAGUCAAGCUAAAUCGAAACACCGGAGCAGCCUUCCUAAUGUUUCAGUUACCGAUUUAUUUGACGACCAACCGAUGCAAUCGAGUUCAGACGCUAUGCUGGCGGAAGGCGCUAAUAAACCUUGGCAAGUACAUACCACUGCUUGCCAAAGAAGUAAUUUGGCUUUAAGUUCAGCGGUCCAAGAAAACAACGGUUGUAUUAGUGGACGACUAGAAAUUCGCGUUAUUCCAAAAGAAACUUCUCAUCUGGACGAUUCUGUUUACUAUGAUGCACUGGCAGCUGUCAAAAAUACUCCAACCGCAAAUCAAGCCCCCGACCUUUCUGAUAAAGCCCUUAAUUACUGUGAUGAAAUAGAAGCAAAAGCUGCACUGAUAGCUUCCCCAACAAAUACAAUCAAUAAAUUUACGACUCCAAUCUACAAGGAUACAACCGAAGCUAAUUGCUGUAACGUAAAUUCCGCCGGUAUCAAUAAACUAAAGUUGAAUGGAAAUAGUGAAAUAUGCAAAACAAUGAAUGAUCAAGCAAUUACCAAUGCAGGUGACUCUAAAUCUCCAUUGACGCGAGGCAGCACUGACGGUUACGGGGAAACUGAGUCAGGCUGUGAUCUUCCACUGUUGAAUCCUAGCAAAAUACCAGUACGCCAAUCAAAAUGUGCAUCGUGGGCGGGUGCUGACUCUACAAUAAAUUCAGCUAAGACACUUGAGUCCAUAGAAGCCCUUCUGGAAAACCCUCACAACCCCCAAAUUGACACGCCAAAUUCUGUAACGGAUAAUACACCUGUUCGCAAAACCACAUACUCCAUUGCUUUAGAAUAUCCUCCUCAUAUAACGGAUCUGACACCAGGCUUACGUCGUCGGAGGGAAUCUAGUGAAGGAAAGUAUGUCACAGACCCAACGCAAUUGCAAUUAAAAUUCCAAAGACCCCGAUCACGAACUUCUAGCAGGACACGUGGCAUUCCCAAUACAAUGUUAGGAAAUUUUGAUGAUAACGGUACUCUUAUAAGCGCGGAAAAAAAUAGACUAAUUGGUGCCCAAGUUGUUCAAAGCGAAGAAUCAAAUAAUGUACCAACGAAUGAAUAUUCCGCUGAGCUACAACCUAAAUGCAACAUUUCGCCACCCCCUGGAGAUCCCAAAACGGAAAAUAGUGCGCGGCUUCGUCGUUAUAGACAUAACUUAGAAUAAUCAAAUAGCUUCAGGUUUGCAGCAAUCUAAAUUGCGCUUCACAACAGUAAGUCAUGGUGGUUUGAGUCUAAAACUGUCUUAACUUAUAGUACUAUAUUUUUAUUCAGCUAUUUGACAAACAAAACCAGUGGCUCAAAGAUCUUCGAAUUGUUUUUAGCAGUGUAGCAAUGUAAAGUUGGAAUUUUGUUUGUGUGAAGGAUUUGCUCAGCGAAUCAUGUCGAUGUGUGUGUGCUGUUCUAAUAAAAUCCUAAUGUUCAAUUAUCAAUUUGUAAUCGUAAUGCCAUGGAUCACAUUGGUUUGAUUGAGCAAAACUUAGGUUUUGAAGGCCUACAUUUAAAUAUUAUUUUUUUAUUAUUUUGUAUCAGUUUAGAAUUUAAUUCAUUUAUGACAAUACUGCUAGUAGAAAUACAUUUUAGUUUCCAAACAAGGUUUUAAACGGAGAUUAAAACGGCUUAUUGUACUCAAUUAAAGUAACAGGUUUCCGAUUAAAUAAAGAAAUAUUAAUUAUUAUUAUUAGUUUUUGAUCAGGAUAACUAACCAGUCUAACCAGCCACAUCAGCCUGUACAUCUGUCCGUAUGAACGCUAAAAUCUCGGAAACUUUAAUAACUAGACACUUUUUUUAGGCAUGCGUGUGUUUGUUUCAGUC